UAUAAUAUUAUUCAUGAACUAAGAUGAUUUCGAGGUAUUAUAUAUCGAUGUAGAGAUUAUAAAAGAUCUCAGUUGAAGUCGGUGAUCCGAAGGUCUAAUCGGGACUAAACAAGUACACAACUUAUUCAGUUCGAGGGAUGGAUAAGAAUGGAUAAUUUGAUGUGAUACGAAGGUUUAGCGAUUUCAGACUCAUUCGUCAAUUCCUUAUUACAAAGUGGCCUGGUUGUUAUAUUCCACCACUUCCACCACGAAAAGCAAUUGUAAAUAUAAAGACUCUAUAACUUUUAGGGAAAUAUGGAUUAGAAGUUCAUAGAUGAUAGAAUGCAUUCAUUAUAAGAAUGGAUGAGAAUUAUGGCUCAGUCAAAGUACUUCUGGUAUUCUGAAGAAUUCCAGUUAUUUAUAAAGGCAAAUGGUGAUAUUGAAAAGGUAAACACAACACUUAUUUGUAGGCGUUGACCUAAGUGCCCAAAUUGACAUACGAUGAGAUCAUCAACAAAUAUCAAGACACAUUCACUGAUCUGUCAGGAGUAUCAAUAUUUAUAUUGAAUAUAGAGAGAAAUCAAUAGAGAAUUAAUCCAAAAGAUAACAGAUUUUCAUUAAUUUCUAAAAAGAGUAAAUCCAAUGGUUGAGAAUUUUAAAUAAAUUGCUAAGUAUAUUCUCUAAAUACAAUAGAAAUAUAGCAGAAGCAAGACGUAAUUUUUAAGAAUAAAUGUUCAAUUUCCUUUAAAUUCAGUUACCUAGUUAUGAAUAGCAAGUGCUGCUGGAAUUUUGUGAGAGUCAGGAUAAAUUGGUUAUUUAGAACAUCUAAAAUGAUGAGUACCCAGCUAAAUUACUCAAUAAUUAUCUUAAUUUAUUGCAAUAGAAUGAAUUUCAAUCAUUAUUUUAAGAAAUUAAGAAGGAAUCAAAAUAAGUGAGAGCAUUCUUGGAGACCAUGAUAUAGAGAGAGAAGUAUGAAUAAUAGAAGGUGGUUUAUGAAUAGAGAUAGAAAGAACUUUAAAUUUAAUUAUAAGAAGUGUUAGCAGGGAAGUCUUCAAUAAAGAACAUAUUUAGUACAUCAAAGAAGGAAGAUCAAAUAGCUAAAUUAUAAGUUUAGAUUGAUUAGGUGUGUAAAGACAUUGAAAACAUGCAAUUUAUAUGUGAUAUACUCACUGUAUUAUUGGGAUAUAUAGAGAUCGACAAAUUCAAGGUAAGAAUUAAAUUGAAUGUUUAGUUGGAGAAACAAUAGAAUUAUUAUAGAUUGGCGAAGAGUUUAAUUCAAUAUGAAAUCCAAUUGAGCCAGGUAUCUGAAGAGUUUUGGGAGAGAGUUUAACAAAAUUAUAAUUUAUUGUGA